AUGGCCGACGACGACCUCGAACAGAUCCGCCGCGCGCGCCUCCAACAGCUCCGCGAGCAAGGCGGCGGCGGCGGCGCAGGAAACGGCGGCGAAGGCUCAGACCAAGACGCGCAAAGACAGCGCGAAGCCGACCAACGCAACUCCAUCCUAACACAAAUCCUCACGCCCGACGCCGCCGACCGGAUCGGCCGCAUCCGCCUCGUCAAAGAAUCCCGCGCCGCCGACAUCGAGAACCGGCUCAUUAUGCUCGCGCGAACGGGACAACUGCGCGCCAAGGUGACGGAGGAGCAGCUCAAGGAGCUGCUGGGUGCGGUGGCAGAGCAGCAGGAGAAGGAGGAGAGUAAAAUUGUGGUGAAUCGGAGGGGUGGCGGCGGGUGGGAUGAUGACGAUUUGGAUGAUUUGUUGAAGGAUGUUUGA